GAGUGUUAUCCAAUGUUAUCUAUUGGUUAAUGAUUGUAAUUGUGCGUGAAAGAUCAUUUUAGGAUAAAUUAACAAAUAUUAUAUAUUACUAUAUUUUUAUCGUGAUAUUAUUCAUUAAAAUGUUAUUUUAGCGAUGAAUAGUGUCAAGUGAUUAGUUUUUCUCAUUAAUACCAAUUUAUUAGUAAAGUAGGAAUCUUGACGUCAGUGGUGCGUGUCUUGGAUUUUGUUCUUGUAAACAUUACGCUUAGAGGCCGAGAAAACUAUUUCCUUUUUUUUUUAUAUGUUAUAUAUAUAUGUAUAUGUAUAUAUAUAUGUAUAUAUAUAUACAUAUAUAGGGAAAUAAAGGAUACAAGUUUUGUUGACGUUUUUUCGAUCGAUAAUAGAUCUGUGAAUUGCAUUGAUUCCAUGGAAAUUCGUGAGAUGUAAUUAUAAACUGGAAUAUGUAAAGUGUAUUUAUCUUCGUUGCUUGGUAAGGAAACUCCAUGCUGUAAUAUUUAACUGUAACGACCUUUCCACAUUAUAAUGGAACAAGUAGAUACAACAUCAGAUGAAUGUAUUAAUAAAAUCCAAGAUGGAGAUAUCAUUAUAAAUGAGGAAAUAGUUAACUUUGUGGAAUGUCCACAUAUAGAGAACGUGGUGAAAGUAUCAACUAAUAUUGAAAAUAAAAUUGAUAAAGAUCUUCAGAGUACUUGUAAAACAGUGUUAUCUGAUGAUAUUUCUAAUGUGCAGACAGAUACCAAAAAUAUAUUCAAAAAUGAACUGCAAGCAGUAGAUAAGGAACAGGAAAAUUUAGAAAAUGGUAAUGAAGUAUCAAUUAAAGAAAAUUAUAAUGAUUCGUUUGAAGUAUCACAAAAUACGAUUAUUACGGAUGCAUGUGUGAAAAAUACUGAUCAUCAAUGUGCUGAAAAAAGUAUUCAACUUGUUAAAGAAAUUGAUGCCUUAUCCGAAAAAUCGGUUGAAAUAGAUAAUGGAUCUAAUCUUACAUCAAUUAUGCAAUGUAAUAGUACAAAAUCAUCAAUAAUAUCUGAGGAGGUACUAACAGAUAAUAAUACAAAGAAAAACAAGAAUAGUACUGUUUGUACAAUAUUAGAUAUAACAGAAUCAGAAAGUGCCAAUAUUCCAUGCGAUGAAUUACUUGAUUCAUUAAAUCAAGUCUCCAAUGAUAAAGAACAUUCCUUACAUGAAACUGUUAAACAAAUAAGUAAGGAUGAUGAUAAUCAAAACAAUUCAAUAGUUAUGGACGCAGAACUAAAUAAAUUAGUAGAAGAAAAUACGGAAGUCGUUGUUGUGACGGUUGAAACCAUACCUGUUCCUUCUGAUUCUAGCAAGCAGAAUACAAUGCCAAUUGUAUUGGAAGAAAGAACUGACAUGAUAAAUGAGAAAGAUUUAAUCGCAACAAAUAAAGAAGAUGAUAAAAAUGAUUAUAAGAAUAAUGAUUUGGAACUUAUCAAUUAUCAUCAAGAAGAUAACAGCUCUGUAAUAGAAGUGAUUUCGACAGAAAUUGUGCAAUCAAAAGAUGCGGAGAUAUGUGUAUCAGAAAAUAAGACUGAAAGCAUAAUCGAAAAUGAAUUGGAUACAACAUUAAAGGAUACAAUAAAUGAAAAAUGUCAUAUUAGAGGGAAUUUACGAAAUGAUGAUAAUGAGAAUGAAAAUAUUUCACAAAAAAAUAACGGCAAUACUAAAAAACAGAACAUCUUAUUGAAAAUUGAUAUAAAGAAAGAAAUAAUAAGUGAAACCCAUGCUAAUAUAGACAAAGUAUCAAAAAUAAAAGAUGUGUCUAUUAAAGAUAAUGAUGUUAAUCUUCCUGCAUGUACAAUAAAUGCGAAAUCAGAUAUUAUAAUUGAAUCAGAUAUAGCAUCAGCAUCUAAAAGAAGUGUUAUUCAAGAUAUAUUUGAUGAUUGGGGAGUAGAAAAUCCUGAAGAAGAAAAUCAAUCAAAUCCUAAGGUACAAGAUUCGGUAGAAAUCGAAUUGAAAAGCUUAUUGGAUGAUCCUAAAAAUAUAGAAAGCAUAGAUAAUACAGCAUCAUUAAAAGAACAAAAAAUUUGUUCCAAUGACAAUAAAUCUAUUAUUGAUGUAUCACAUAAUACUGUAGUUUCUGUAGAUAAUAUAAGAGAACAAACUUUAAAGGAUACAAUAGAAGAAGAAGAACAAACGCAAAAGAAAGAAGUAACAUCUCAAGAAAAUCCUGUAACAUCUAUAAUGCAAGAAAAAUUAACUCAUUCAUUAUCACAAAAUCUUGGAAAAUCUACACGAAAUGUUACUCAAGAUUCAGUUUUGUCUCAUCAGACAGUACAAUGUAAUGCUACAACAGUUAAAAAUCGUAAUCGUCAUUUAACUAGUCAAAUAGUCUCACCUGCAGAAGUAACAGAAGUAUUAAAGGAAAGAUUACGAGAAAAACAAAAAAUCGUCGAAGCACCACGUGGGCCAGAUAUAUUCUUUGUGAAAAAAAUAACGCAAAGAUUAUCAAGCAAAUUAGCUGGUGGUUCUAUAUCUUCAAUGCCAGCACUUAUACCAUUACCACAUCCUGUUCAACCUGCAGAUAAUUUUAAUAAGAAAGAUACAGAAAAUAAUUCUGUGCAAUCUACAAAAGAAGGAAAUUCAGAUAAUAAGGAAUUAUUAGCAAUCUUAGAAGGUGAUGUUGAUCCAGAUUGGUCCAAUUUAAAACCACCAACACUUAUAGAUGAGGGAAAAACUUCAGUAAACAUUGAACAUAAUGAACUUAGUUCACCUCCUAAACUUGAUCCUUCGGUCGAACGUGAAUUAGCAUUAAAGCAACUUCUUGAAUUACCUGUAACACCAUUAAGGAAAAGCACUCCUAAACGAAAAAAACCGCUUAAAUCAGGACUCAGCAGAAUAUCUAAAAACAUUGAUAAGAAUGUUGAAAAUGGAAACGAAACAAAAGAGAUUGUUAAUAUCGAUUUAAUAGAUGAAGAUAUAAAAUCUAAUACAAAUGAUGAAUCUUCUCCAGAGGCUAAUGUUGUACGUUCAGCUACGCAAGAAGAACAAAGACAUCAAGAUAUAACUGGACAAGAUGUACGAAGUGAUGAGUCAAGAUCAGGUAGAAAGCGUAAGCCAACUGAAAAGGCAAGAGAACAUGAACAGAGUAUAACGAAACGUCAAAAAGUUUACAAAGGUAAAGUCUCCUUAACUAAGAAGUCUGAACCAAAACAAAAUUUAAUUGAUGUUAAUUCAUUAAACAAAGAUCAAUUAGCUACAGAUAAUGUUGUGUUAUCAGGUAGCACAGAUAAUGAAGGAAAAGAAACAGUAACAAAGGAAGUAACAAAUAAACAAUUUACGAAUAAAAUAGAGAAAAUUUUACGGAAAGCUGAAAAUUCAGCUGUUAAAAGACCAAAGCAAAGUCUUACCAAGAAGGGACCACAACCUAUUGCACCAAGGAAAAUGUUAAAACUCAUGCGACAAAAAAUGACAUCAAACAAAAAAUCUGUUAAUUUAAAGACGAAAUUGAAUACAGCAUCAAAGAAAUCUAAGAGAGUUACAAAACCGCAGAAACGUACGGUAGAUUCAACGAGUCCUGGAGAUUCUAAACCUAAAAAGAAAAUUAUUAAUGAAAUAGAUAGAUUACUUCAAGAUGAGGGAGUUGUAAAUUUAUUAUACGACGUUGAACAGCCUGACAAAAAACGUUUAGUACCUAUUACAAAAUCACAGGCAAAAGUGAUGGAUUUACAGAAAGUACAACGUGAACUUAAAAUCAGAAAAAAGUUGGUACGUAAUGCCGUUCUAAGGUUGCGUACAACUACACCUGGUAUAACGAAAGUAUCACCUAGAUCUACAAGAACUACUGUACAUUCAAAUGAUUCACGAAAUGAUCAAAAAACGAAUGAACAAUCCAAAACUGUAAAGCCAACCACUGGAUCUUCACCAACAGAAUUUAUAUAUCCUGCAAAAAUUAGAAAUGCUGCAGAUGCAUCCAUUAUAAUCAGAAGGCAUUCAUCUAGUUCUUUUUCUAGUGCAUCUGGUAGUCCUAGAGUUAGUAUCGAUGGCCCAGAUAAACAGACUUCUGAUAGUGUUCGAAUAGAUGAAGGUUCACAUUCCCUCAGAUCUAUGAAGAGGAGACAUUCGCAAGAAGAUAGAAUGCAUAUAAAAAGAAACAAAAAAAGGGAACAAAAAUAUGAUACAGAUAAUGUAAUUGCUUCAAACGAAGAUAAAACAAUAGCUAUAAUGCGUCCAAAUAAAAAAUCAGAUAUGAAAAGACCAGACAAAAGUUUUAAACAAAUGGAAUCCUUGGUUAGCGAUGAAAGUAAUAACGGCAUUCAAAGUAAAGUUAUUACAAGAUCUAAUGGUGCAGCUGCAGGAAAAGUAACGUCAAAAAGUAGAAAAACUGCCAAGAGUAAAGUCACUUUUGCAAAAGGAAAUGACGAUGAAUAUGAAGAUUUAUCAAAGGAAGAAGAUGAACUAUCUGCCUGUCUUGCAGAGGCAGCUACUGCUUUAUCAAUAGUGAGUGCCUCUAACCGGUCAGGUAAUAUUACGAUGAAUCGUAAAAACAAAGUGAAUCCAAAUAUUGCAAAAAUAUUGGAAUUAACUGGUAAUAAAACAAAAAUAGAAAGUCGAUGUCUAUUCAGUAAUAAGGAAAUAAACGUGCGUAAGCAUGGCUAUCUUGUACAAUUGAUACUUACUCCUUCAUCCUCUACAAAAAUAAGAAAUGCUCUUACACUUCAGGUAAUGCAUGAACUUCGUGAAACAUUAUCAAUAUUAAAGAAAGAUGAUGACUGUAGAGUAGUACUCUUGACUUCAACUGGAACAAGUUUUUGUGAAGGGUUGGAACUUUCCACAUUAUUGCAUCCAAACAAGGAAGAACGACGACUUCUUGCUCAAGAAAUGGCAGAUGCCGUCAAGGAUUUUAUAAAAAGUUUAGCAACUUUUAAUAAACCCAUAGUAGCUGGCGUACAAGGUGCUGCAAUUGGAUUAGGUGUAACUAUGUUACCAUUAUUUGACCUUGUAAUAGCCAGUGAUAAAGCAACAUUUAAUACUCCCUAUGGUAAAUUGGGACAAAUUGCAGAAGGUGCAGCUGUUUUCACUUUGUCGCAUAUUUUAGGAAGUGCAAUAACAAGUGAACUACUUUUGGGUGGAAGAACUUUGACAGCAAGUGAAGCAUUAAGAGCUGGUCUAGUUACUAGAGUUUUAUGGCCAGACCGUUUCCAAGUAGAAUUAUUACCUUCUUUGAAGGCUAUGAGUGAACAAUCGUCUCAGUCUAUGGAAGCAACAAAAGCUUUACUACGUCAUAGUCUACGAAAAAAAUUGGAUGCAGCAUUGGAAUCAGAAACAUAUUUAUUGAUUCAACAUUGGUGUUCUACAGAAUGUCAACUUGCUAUAAAAGCUUACAUCGAUGGAAAGAUAGAAUAAAGAAUGAUAAUGGUAAUAUUUGUGUAUAAUUUUUAUUCUACAAAUAUCAUUAUUAAAUGUAGGAUUGUGCCCAGAAAUAAUUAAGGAUAUUCUGGAUAUGGAAAUAAAAAAAUAUUCUGUUUCUUGUAAUCUUAUAUAGAUUCCAUUAAGUUAAUCAUUAUUUAUAAUGGAUUGAGCAAUUCCACCAAUUAAAAAGAUUUAUUUUAGUAAAAAAAAAAAACAAAAAGAAAAAUAGAAGUAUUUUAAUUUAAUUUAAUUUUUAUUAUAUAUGCAAAGUAAAAUUACAUGCUGCAGAUAUUCAUCGAAUUCAGAGAAAGUAUUGAUAAUACGUAUAUUCUGCACUGUUAAUAAGAAAUGGUGAUAAGAUUAAAGAAAUGAAGAAACCAGAUGUGAAAUGAAAAGAUGUGGUGAUAUUGGUGUGACAUUUUACGUCAACGCACGAUUAUUUUAAGUAUAAAAAAUAAAUAUUAAAUCAUUCGAUCA